UUUUUUUCAGUACGCCAUAAUCAUAUUUCUAUUGCUUGUGAAGGAGAUAAUCGUCGUCGUUCAACUAGACAAUUUCCAAAAGGAAAUGAUAAAGCUUUUAGAAAAAGAUAUGGAAAAUUCGCUGCAACUUUACAAUGAUAAUACAUUUGUUCGCAACUUCUGGGACAUAACACAGUCGACGUUACAGUGUUGCGGCGUUAAUAGUUGGGAAGAUUGGAAAAUUCAUGGUCUUGAAGUACCAAACAGUUGUUGUAAAUCUAACCAGAUUGUCGCAACUAGUGACAUAGCUAUUUUAAUCGUGUGGGGUCUGAUUGACAACUCUUCAUGGACAAGAUAUGCGGAAAAGGAUAGACGGUUAGAUGUCGCAUUUACUACUGAUUUACUACUGAUUUUCGGAAUUAUCAUGACAUUUAUCGCCAUCUUUGGAAUCGUUGCUGCCUUGCGAGAAGCCAAGUAUAUGCUCUUCACAUACACUGUAAUCGUGUUUCUAUUUUUUGUGAUUGAGAUAAUCAUUAGCGUCGGGCAAUAUAAUUCCAACAAGGAAGUGAUAAAUUUCUUAGAGAAAGGCAUAAAAAAUUUGAUCCAAUUUUACAAUAAUAAUAAAACUGUUCGCAACAUCUGGAAUACCACCCAGUCGACGUACCAAUGCUGCGGCGUUAAUAGCUGGGAGGACUGGGAAACACAUGGUCUUAAAGUUCCAGACAGCUGUUGUAAAUCUGACCAGAGAAUUCGAUGCGAAAAUAUCUCCAAAAAUUACCCGGAAGAUUGCAUGAACAAAAUGCGAAUCCAAAUACAGCAUUUACGAUUUUUAAAUUAUACUACUAUUUCGGUCAUAUGUCUGAUGUUUUUCGGAAUAGUAUCCUCUUAUGCGCUCUACAACAAGAUCAAUCCAAGCAGCACAAAGAAGCCGAGGCGACGUCGACCCGACGUCGACGACGCAACCAUUAGUCAGCAAUUGACGUCGACGCGACGUGAAUCCGACUGCGAUUCGACCAAAGUAGUCAUACAAAUUAUGUGGUUAUACCACGGUAGUCGAUGUGGUAAGACGUCCGCACGAAAUUUGGGAGAUCCAGAUUCGAAUCUUGACUGAGAUGUUAUUUUUUUUGCAAUAAAAUAAUUUACAAUCUUUCCGGGGG